CCUCCGUUCAGCCUACAGCUGCCUCUGCUCGGCUCAAUAAACAAGGCGAUGCUGUCUGCUGCCUCUGUCAUCUGAAAGCAAGGAUCGACUGGGAAAAAAAUUACUCUGGGUUUCGCGUUUAAAUAAACCGGAGACAUAUUGCUGGUGGAGAGUGUGAACGUUCACAGUUUGAAGGGUGGACCCUAGCGAUGCCUCUGCUGUUUCUGGAGAGGUUUCCCUGGCCCAGCCUGCAGACCUACACCGCCCUGAGUGUGGCUUUGCUGGCCGGGAGCAUCUUCAGUGCCUACACCACUGUCACUGACCCAGGGUUUGGGGCCUUGGAAUCUGAGGACACCCCAGCGCCCUCUGAUGUGGAUCUGGAACAUUUGAGAAAUGCAGUUGGUAGUACAGAACUGGCCAGAACUGUCCUCUGGUAUCUAAUUAACGACACUUUGUUUGUAUGGGUGUUGGUGAACACAUUCUGCUGCUCUUUGAUGUUGAUUGCAAAAAUGAUCCAGUAUGUGGUUUUUGGCCCCCUCAGAGUCAGCGAGAAGCAGCAUCUUAAGGAUAAAUUCUGGAACUUCAUCUUCUACAAGUUCAUUUUCAUAUUUGGAGUGUUGAAUGUGCAAACCGUGGAAGAAGUGGUCAUGUGGUGUUUGUGGUUCUCAGCCUUGGUCUUUCUCCAUCUCAUGGUUCAGCUCUGCAAAGACCGUUUUGAAUAUCUGUCUUUCUCUCCAUCCACCCCAAUGAACAGCCAUGUGAGAGUGCUCUGUCUGCUGGUGUCGCUGCUCCUGGACUGCUGCGGCCUGGCGGUGGUCUGCGGCCUGUUAGGAGCCUCUCAUGGCAUGCAUACUCUUUCAUUUAUGGCUGCAGAGUGUUUGUUGGUGACUGUUCGUACUGGGCACGUUAUACUGAGGUACUCCAUCCAUCUGUGGGAUCUGAACCAUCCAGGAACCUGGGAGAGCAAAGGAACAUAUGUCUACUACACAGACUUCAUAAUGGAGCUGGCUAUGCUCUUUCUGGAUCUUGUACACCAUAUCCAUAUGCUGCUGUUUGGUAACAUCUGGCUGUCCAUGGCGAGCUUGGUUAUCUUUAUGCAGUUGCGAUAUCUUUUCCACGAGGUCCAGCGUCGCAUUCGCAGACACAAGAACUACCUUAGAGUUAUUAACAACAUGGAGGCCAGGUUUGCAGUUGCUACUGCAGAGGAGCUGGCUGCAAAUGAUGACGAUUGUGCCAUCUGCUGGGAUGCCAUGCUGACAGCACGCAAACUACCCUGUGGUCAUCUUUUCCAUAACUCUUGUUUGCGUUCAUGGCUCGAGCAAGACACAUCAUGUCCCACGUGUCGAACCUCGCUGAACAUCAGCGGCGAUGGGGCUCCGGGGAGAAACCCGCAGCAGGGUGCUGGUUUGGAAGACAACAUUGGUCAAGUUGGAGCUGCCCCAGAAGCUCGACCACACAUCAACCAUCACAACCACUUCUUCCACUUUGAUGGGUCUCGCAUUGCCAGCUGGCUGCCCAGUUUUUCAGUUGAAGUAAUGCACACGACCAAUAUUUUGGGCAUGGCUCAGGCCAACAACUCGCAGCUUAUGGCCAUGGCCCAUCAGAUUCAGGAGAUGUUCCCUCAGGUGCCCUCCUACCUUGUUAUUCAGGACCUGCAGCUGACUCGCUCUGUUGAAGUCACCACAGACAACAUUUUGGAAGGACGAAUCCAGGUGCCCUUCCCUGCCCAGGCCAUAGAACGCGCCCCCAUCCAGGGCAGCCCAGCAGCAGAUGAGCAGCCAGGUCCCAGUGGUGGAUCAGAGCAGAACCCCAGUGAGUCAGACAACAUGGAGGCCAGGGGUGGUCGCUUUUCCAAGUCCGCUGAGGAGAGGCAGAAGAUGCUAAAGCUGAGAAAAGAAGAAUUGCUCCAGCAAGCACGCAGGAGAUAUUUGAACAAGGGUCAAGAAGAUCAUGAUGACUUACCCAGACUGGAGGAGGACUCUCUCUCGGAACCGGACUCAAAUGUGCUGAGACGUAGAACCAUGGCAGCUGCUGCAGAGAGACGAAUGCAACUCCAAGAAGAACCUGCACCUUGAAACAUAAGGACUAAAUCAAGAAAGUAUAAUCUUCCUCAAAGAGGCUGUUUUAGCCUUUCCCCAUUUGGUUCUAGACAAUAGUAUCACCUUUGUACAAGUUUAAUUAAUAAGCAUUGCAGAUAUGGCCUUUGAACUAAACUGGGCUGCAUGGGGGAAAAAAAGGUGAGACUAUCAGAACUGGCCACUGCAUUCAAUCCUGAGUAUUCAGAGUAUAAUAUAAAUGAUGGGUUGUAGCAAGCAAGGACUUGCAAGGUUGCGUUGCCCUCUGCUCACAUGCCAUGCACUGCAACCAGCAGCUUAGACAGUAUCUGUCAACAUUUGGACUCUGUGUCAAUGAUGAGCACAUUUUGCAUUCAGACACAAUCAAAACCUAUUUUUUGAGAGUUGUCAGAAGGUGUAACGUUUAGAUAAAGCUAUUAAGUCUUUUUAUUACCGUCGGUCACUCGCUUUGCUUCUGACAGAAACAGCAUGUCCCAGGUGACUACUUCCAUCUGGUCCAUGCGUGUCAUUUUAAUGGUUUCAACUGUGAAAUAAGUAGCAAAGUUUUUAUUUCUUACCUUGGAGUAAGAGAAUGUCACUUUAAUACUGGUCAGCCUUUCAGUCAACCUUGAAUGUUUCUAUCAAAGGAAAUGCUGCAAAUAGUGUUUUUUGACCCACAAGGGUUGUUCAGUGUCAAGUGUUAUAUCACCCAUUGUAAACAGUUUGCAUUUUGUUAUUUAACAAGAUGGGGGAAGUUUGGCAUGUAAACUUUUAUUUUCUGAUACGGAUGCCCUCAGAUGCACGACUAAUGAAUGGGGAUGGAUUACCUUCUUUGUGUGAGUACACUGGGUGUUUUCUUCAGUCUUUCUGAAAUGAUCACCUGAUGAGCAGGUAGAUGUUGUUUUCAGCAGAGUAUUGGGUUCUAAGUGAAAUUUUCUAGCUUAUCUAUAUAGUUGAGUUGCAGCUGCACUUGCUGCAUGUUCUCUGUGGAUGUUAUUCCACUCGUAAGAGUAUUUAAAUACCUUGGCAAAACCUGUUUCAUAGCUAUCAAAACAAUUCUAGUACCUCCAUGCAAAUCACCGGACCUAAAAUGAGCUGGUUUAAAAAGAAAUAUUUUUGUAAACUUAUUUGUGCUGCCUUUUUUCUAAUCUGCAAACUAAAAAACACAAAUGAUGAGAGCGGCUAACAUCAGUCUCUGCUUCAAUACCUUAGUUUGGUGAAGAAAACCAAUGGAUGGCAAAAACCGGUUUCUUAAAGCUUUUAGCCGAUGUAAUCAGCCUCAUUAAUCUGUUACUGAUUGAGACAUAUCAGUGGACAAAGGAGGGGAGUUUUGUAUUACAGCAAUGUAAAAAGCAGUUUCAAAGUGCAUGACAUGUUGACAAAUGUGUUUUUUUUGUUUGUUUUGUUUUUUUGUCUCCAUACACCAAAGAUCAGCCCUUAAGCUUCCACUAAAAGCUAAAGAGUCCCGAUCUUUUAUGUUCACUUUAGUGCUCUUGUCAGGGUUUGGAAAUAUAGAAAUCAUUUGGGUUUAAAUAUUUGAUUUAAAAAUAAAUAACUGGACUUUUUGCUUUCCUUUUUAGUUUAUUUUACUCUGCGUCUUUACAGAUCCAUUACUUUUACCUGCUCAUGGUUUACCUCUUAUAAAUAUUAAUUUAAUCAAAAUUAAAAUUCUUUUUUUUAGGCUGAGCUUUCCCAUAUUUUGUGCCUAAAUCAAAAAUGCUUUAGUUAACUUCUUUAGGUCUAGUUUUUGUAAAAUAUGGUGAUAUGAAAGACUCAAUAAACA